CUUCCCCCCGCUGGGCCUGGGGAGGGAGGGCAGGAGGGAGCUGCAGUCGCCCCAGGCCCCUUCUGCCUUGGAACCGUAAAGCUGGAGUCGAGGUCUGGGUCCAGGCAGAAGGGACGCCAUGAUCACAGGAUUCCUGUCCCUGCUCUGCCUUGGGCUCUGUCUCGGCUCCGAAGAAGAGAAAAACAACGAGCAUCUUCCCAAACCCUCCCUGAGUGCCUCGCCCAGCACGGCGGCGGAGCCUGGCAGUAACGUGACUCUGAAGUGCCAGUCCCACUUCCAGAACGUGACGUUCAUGCUGGGGAAGUGGCAGGACUCUGGGUACAGGCAGGAGCAGAGCUCGGCGGGACCCCAGGCUGAAUUCCUCCUCACUGGCCUGGCGCCUCCGGAUUCCGGCUCCUACUUUUGUGCCUACAAGAGAGUGGGCUCCCAGGUGUGGUCGGAGAAGAGCGGCCCCCUGCAGCUGGUGGUCGCAGAUUACCACGAUGGCCACAGAGCUCUUUCCAGAAAAAAAGCCACCAGAAUCAUCUUCGUCACCACCGUGAGCUGCAUGUCCAUCCUCCUCCUCUUCCUCUCGGUCUUCUUCAUCUACAGAUGCUCUCAGCACGACCCGUCGCAUGAAGAGAACCAGCCAUUCCAGAUUUCCCAAGAAGGCUACGGACUGAAGGAGUCCCAGGAAGUGACCCGUGCGGAGCUAAACGCCAUGGCACCCUCCGAGGCAGCUUCUGUCCCCGCCGAGGAGGCCCCGGAUCUCGGGGACAUGCAGUCCUGAAGGUGCAGCGGGAGAGCAUGGGGCGCCUGGAGGAAAGGCCUUCUCCAUGGAGAGGACGGAUUGGUCACCUGGAAAUUCAGUCACUCUGUGCCCUUGGCUGAUAAUCCAGAUCAGUCAGGUUACGGGUCUGCCUUUCUGCUUCCACAGCUCUCAGAAAUUACUGGAUGGGUUUUCCCAAGACUUGAAGUGUGACUUGAGUACAGUUUGACUUAAAAUAUGGGCUAAAAAUACGUACUCUAUAGAUACAGGCUGCUGAUAAUCAUGAUACCCACUUAGGGAGCUCUGGAAGGCACCGCAUAAGUAGAAAACGGUUCCCCCGGCAGAGCCCGUGGGGUGGCACGCAUCUCAUCGGCACGGGGCAUUGCCAAAAGGAGUGCAACACAAAGGCCCUCAACCGUGAGCGGCCCAGAGCGCCCUGAGCAGCCUGCCCCAGGGGAGCUCCAGCGCUGGGUGGCCAUCUGGUCUUAAGGCAAAACCACUUCCCCUCUGCCGUGAAUGUCAAUGUGUUCUUAGUGUAUCGUAUUUCUGUUUGCAUUUUUUCUUUUUAUCUUCAUUAAAAUCAAAGGAUGCAAUGAAGUUAAACGUACAGGAUAUAUGCGGAUUUUGUCACUUGGUGCCCAUAACUAAAUUAAUUUACGUCAAUACAUCCCUGUAAGGAUGUUUCUGAGUGUGGGCUUUUCUGUGUGACAGUGGCACCCAAUGACCACUUACUCAUAAACACAAACAUAUGAGCUUUGCUUCCUGAGUUCUGUUACUUGAUCAGGUUUGAAAGUCAUUUUUUAAUAAAUGCAUGAAUAAAAGGGUAAAAAUUUGGCAGGUAUAUAUAAAUAUUCUUCAUGCAUAAACAUAGGCUGGAUAACUUCUCCUUUUAAGUUUUUAAUCAUGAAAUAAUUUGAUUGUAAAGAAAAACACCAAGUAAUAUACAUGAAAUAUGCAUACUGACCUUAUUUUCUAGACAUUAAUGUUUUGCUGUUUUUAUUUCUACCACUCCCAAUCUAUUUUCCUUUCUGUUUUCCCCAGAGGUAAACAUUAUUCAAGAUACAGUAUAUUAUUCUGUAAAGGUAAACAUUAUCCAAGAUACAGUAUAUGGAUUUUUUUCAUACUUUUACUACACAGGCAUCUAUGGGUACUCAAUAUGUGGCAAUAUUUAUGUGCUAUUAAUAUAUAUGGAAUCAUAUUGUUUAUCAUAAUUCUGUGAUCUUUUUAUUGCCCUCAAUGUUAUGUUCUUGAAUUCAUCCAGGUGAUUUUGCAGGUCUAGCUCAUUGUUUACUGUAUAGAUUUUAUCUGUUAACCAUAGCAUGGAAUAUUACUCAGCCAUGAAAAGGAAUGAAGUGCCUAUAUGCCAUGAUAUGGAUGAACUGUGAAAACAUCGUGCUAAGUGAAGGAAGCCGGAUGCAAAAAGCUGUAUAUUGUCAGGUUCCAUUUAUAUGAAAUGUCCAGAACAGACAAAUCCUUGCUGACAGAACCAAUUAAAGGUUGUCAGGGGGUAAGGGAGGGGAGAAUGGGGAGUGGCUGCAAGUAGGUAGGGGGUCUCUUUUUGGUUGUGGAAUUAGAUAGGUGAGGGUAGACACCCUUGUGAAUAUACCAAAACCCACUGAACAUACACUUUGUAAGCAUAGAUUUUAUUGUCUGUGAAUUACAAAACAAAAAUUUGUAAAAGAGCUUGGCUGUUUGCACAAACCAUCCCGUACCUGUCUCCCCAUUCAUGUAGACAAUCUCUCUAGGCUGCACAUUUAGAAGGAAAACCUGUCUUCUACAAUGUCCACCUCUUUAAUCUCACAGAGAUAAGCCAAUUGACAAGUAAGGUCGCUUUGCCUGUGUAUCUGUCCACUGGGGAGGUGCAAGUUUCUAUCUCCCCACGUCGUUGCCAAUGCAUAAAUAUAUUAAAACCUUGUAAUUUUUGCUGAUUAAAAUAUGUGAGCUCAUAACCCACUUUAAGCUACCUACAUAAAGAUAACUCAUUGUUGCUUUAAUUUGCAUUUUCCUGAUUAUGAGUGAGGUUCGUUGACCAUUUGGAGUUUCUUGAUUGAAUUGUGGCUUCUCUCUGCGUUCACUUUUCUGUGGAAUUGUCAGUCUUUUUCUUAUCAGCUUAAAGGGUGUGUUUACAUAGUAGGCACACCUUUCCUCUGUAAGCCGUAUGUUAUGAAUACCUCCUGGGAGUCUGUGACUCAUGUUUGCAUUUCUUCUGUACCAUAAUAAAUAUGUUUAGCAU